ACGAACACUUCGCUGCUAGCUAGAAUGAGAAAUAAGGUUUAUGGCUACAGUAAGCUAAAAAAUUUUCUUCGUCUGGCUGCCUGUCGCUUGGUAGCAUAAACUCUUUCUAACGUAAUUAGACCGUUUUUUGACUCUUUUACAGACGCAGUCUUUGCAUUCUAGCAAGCUGGUUAAUCCUUAAAUUACCAAAAGCUUUGGCAUACCAGACUGAGACUAACGGGCAGCAGCGGUGAUUCAGCGUGCUAGCUAGUGAGAAAAAUCUUGAGAGCCUCCACAUCCAGCCUAACAUCCAUUGAUGUUAGCCUAUGAGUAUCGCCUUCGCAUAUCGCCAGCGUUGUUAAUCGCCGGGUUUCUAUCUACCAAGAUGUACGGGAUGUUGGGAUGACAGGAAGAUGGCAAACGGGGCUGGAAAACACAAGCUGCUUGUCAUUGGACCAACAGAACCAUGGUCAGUGAGGGAGAAGCUGUGUUUGGCCACAUCUGUCAUGAAGAGUGGGGACCAGAACUGGGUAUCGGUCAGUCGUGCCAUAAAACCAUUUGCAGAACCUGGGCGACCACCUGACUGGUUCUCUCAAAAGCACUGUGCCUCCAAAUACUCAGAGCUCCUGGAAGCGACAGAGGCCCCAAAGCGGAAGCGCGGCGAGAAAGGUGAGGUGGUGGAGACAGUGGAGGAUGUGAUAGUUCGCAGACUGACGGCUGAGAGGAUCGAGGAACUAAAGAAGCUGAUAAAAGAAACGCAGGAGAAGCACAGGAAGCUGAAGAGGGAGGCUGAACUGAUUCAAGCAGGACAUCUGGAUUCCAAACUGAAAGAGCUAUGGGAGGAAAUUCUGCUGAAGAAGAAACUGGAGGAGGAAGAAGCAGAGAUGAAAAGAAAAAACACAGAUGCUGCUUAUCAAGCCAGACAGGUGGCAAAGAACACACCCAAGCGGAUACCCAGUGUCACCAUGCAUUCGCCCUCAGGCUGUAGCUCCCCAAGCCAGGAGUUCUCCCCAGGUGACCAACUCGAGUGCUUGACACUGGAUCUUACAUCUACAAAGAAUGCUUCUGGAACAGCCAGGCUAAUGACAUUUGCUGAGCCUUCUGGUAAUGAUGACAGCCACGGGUCCCUGCUAGAGGACCCCACCCAAAAGAAGUUACUGUGUCAGAAAGCCACGCCACCACCAUCUCCCCUCCUGUCAGAGUUACUGAAGAAAGGCAGUAUAUUGGCCACAAAUUCCAGAUUGAUUGGAGAUGGUGACGUGUCCACAGGUAAUGUGUCAGGAGCACAUGACUUGCAGCUGGCUCCACCUUGUCAGCCUCUCUCUCAGGCAGCAGGUGCCCCGAUGUUGUCCCGUCUCCUGGAAGCAGGCCCCGCCCAGUUUUCCCCUCCAUUAGGUUUUAUGGUCAGUGUAGAUUCUGCCUCCAGUGUUCCUCUCUCUGCCACCACUCCUGUUCCUGCUCAAUCAAACAUCUCAGCAAGUGCAGAGGUAAAUGUGAUGGUGCCAUCUGUGGCCCCUGGAUGCCAGCCUGUCUCCUCUAUGGUAGAAGAUAAGGUGUCAGAGCUCAGUGAGGACGAUGUGACUGUGUCACUGUGUCAUGAGCUGGACCUGAAGACAGUGGGGGACAUCAUCGCCAUCAUUGAAGAGAAGGCUGAUGAAGCUGCUGAUGCUUUGGAUGCAGCUGCAGUUGAGGCUGCUCUGUCCCUUUGUGAAGAAAAUGGCCACGCUCUGUCUGCUGCCUGGGAUUCUGGGCCUUUCCAGCCUCAUGAGCCACACAAUCCCACAGUGCCCACUGGGGCUGUACAGUCUUCAUCUCUUCACUGUAGCUUGGAGGAGAGGACGGAAGGUUCACUCUCUUCUUUUUGCAACAGUCAAGAUAACCAUCUUGCAGGAUUUCCUGUGGGACUGAGGAGCAUUCCUCCCUCUUCCUCAUCUGGAUGCGACUCAAAGAUUUUGGAGCACUACCGCAGUGGAACGCCUCCACAGGCUGCAGCAGUGAGAGAGACCGGAGAGGCGGUUCACUCAAAAACCCAAAUGUCAUCCAGAAAAUGUGAACGUGAGAAGUGGGCACAUCAAAUCCCUGAAAAAAUCCACGGAGACUCGGUAUUAGAAGAUAACCCACUGACAGGAAGGCAUCCAAAGGAGACGAAGAGGGAGGACGCAAUAACUAUUGGGGGAGGAGAGAAGGCCUCGGGGACUAACCUGCAAAACAAAGUUAAUGGGCCAGAGGUGUGUGGAGAAGAAGUGGGAGAUGGGGUGGAAGAAUUCCUAUCAGAGCCAGACGGCGAAACUGAGCUAGAACCGGCAGCCAGUGAGAGUGAGGAUGGAUACAGCCUCCAUACGGCUUCCUCUUCACUGCAGCUCCACACAACUGCAGACUCCAUCCCCAGCAGCCCAGCUUCUUCGCAGUUUUCUGUGUGCAGUGAGGAUCUGGAAGCUCUACAGGCUCACAAAAUCUGGAAGAAAGCCAUUAUGCUUGUGUGGCGAGCAGCAGCCAAUCACAGGUAUGCAAAUGUCUUCCUUCAGCCAGUAACAGAAGAGAUUGCACCUGGAUACCACAGUAUUGUGCACAGGCCCAUGGACCUGGCAACCAUAAAGAAGAACAUCGAGAACGGUCUGAUACGGACCACCGCCGAGUUCCAGAGGGACAUCAUGCUGAUGUUUCAGAACGCAGUCAUGUACAACAGCCUGGACCACGACGUGUACCACAUGGCUCUGGAGAUGCAGCGUGACGUCCUGGAGCAGAUCCAACAGUUUCUAGCUACCCAGCUCAUCAUGGAGACGUCAGAAUCUGGUAUCAGCGCCAAGAGCCUGAGAGGCCGUGAGAGCACGCGCAAACAGGACUCUACUGACAAGGACACUGUGUCCAUGUCUUCCCCUGCCUUCCUUCUUUCUCUUUUUGAUGGAGGCACCAGAGGGCGCCGUAGUGCCAUAGAAGCUGACCUCAAAAUGAAGAAAUGAAACCAUCAGUAUGAUAUUGUAUCAGUAUGGUGUCCCUGAGAUAAAGUGAAAAGACUGAUCUCAUUGUCUCUCAGUUGCACAGAUUGUGGCUCUGCGUAUGGUGCAGUGUAACCUUUGCUUGCACUCUAGAUUAAAAGGAUAGACUGCAGUGUGGAGAUGCUAAUUUGUUCUGAGACAGCCAUACAGUCGUGGAUUACAUAAAGUAUAAUCCCAGAUUAGAGUGGGAGCAUUCUGAAAGACCAUGUCAGACCUUUCAUGGAUAUAGCUGCACAUCACUCAGACGUAACCUGCUCUGAAGUUCAUGGGGAUGUAGAGAGGUUUUAAAAAAUGCUCCUAUUAUACAGUUGGGCUGAAUAUUGAAUUAACUGGGCUUGAAGUUGAUCCCCAGAUUAGCGUCCAGAAGGCCAAAAGUCUGGCCAGAGGGGCAAGUUGAUUUCAAACAGAAGUGUUUUCACUGCAGGUGUAAAACAGAUUUUAAAGAUCUAAUUUUAAGACUUUGAUAUCCUUUUACUGUAAUGUUUGUGUUGGAUUUAUUUUAUCAAUGUGACACUUUGGUGAAACAGUACCUACAUGCUUAUUCUACUACAUACUCAGUGCUUUUGAUUAAGUGUUACAUUUCUAAACUGUUGUUUACUUUAAAGUCUGUAAAA